UUUUUUUUUGGCUUACUUUUCUUUCUUUAUAAGUACUUUUACUUUUCCAUCUUCUUUUGAACCUUUAUACCAUCUUCUUUUUUGUUUUUAUUUGAAUACCAGGUUUCUUUGUUUUUCUUUUGUUUUUUUUUUUCCUUUCUCCCUCUUUGUAUAUACGUGUGUCUUUUGAAAAAUGACGUCUACUCUAAGUUCAUUGCAUUUCUAUAAUCCAUUGCAUUCACAGCAACAGCCAUCUCAGCAUACCUACAAAAGAAGAGUUCAAUUGAAGCGUUCUGCAUAUCAAAUCAAUGAUCCUAUUGUACAACAGCAAAAGUUCAAACUGCAAUUAGAUGUCUACCAAAAGAAAAAGAAGAGUGUACGUUUCCCCGACCAGGAAGAGCAGCUCCAAAAAGUCCGUUAUUUCUACAAAACACACGCGCCCACAUCCGUACAACAAGAUCCACCUGUCAUGGAGACGUCGGUGGAUGAUUACAUCUUGACACAGCCCAACUGGUCUGCUGCCAAGACAAAGAGUCAGUUGUUCUUUGAUCAGCACAACGUCAAGAUCCGUUUGGAAUCUGUCAAUUUGACAGAAGGCGAUCCUUCAUUGAUGGCCAAGAAUCAGUUUUUAUUGGAAGGACGUUGUAGAGCUCUCAACCUUUCCUUCCACAAGCUGGUCACUAUCCGUUAUACAUUUGAUCUCUGGCGUACUUUUCAAGAAGUCACCGGCACUUUCCGUGAAUCCAUCCCCAGCACAUCCAACACGUGGGAUCGCUUUGAAUUCUCGAUUCCCAUUGAAGCAAAAAAGACAACAUCACAGACGUUCUAUUUGGCGCUCAGAUAUACUGUCAAUGGACAGGAGUUCUGGGACAACAAUAAUGGAUUAAACUACGAGAUUGUGAUCAGCCCUGAUAAGGAAAAGAUGGCUCAAUACCAACCCUCUACGGAAACAGCAGAGGUUGAAAAGAUGAUGAAGCGAUUAACAAUGACUGAACAAGAAGAAGCCAAGGUGGAAGAAAGAAUCCAUCAGCAACAGCAACAACAACAACAACAUACCAGCAACUCUUUCAUGAAUUACCAGCAAAAGAUCAAAGAUACCAAGGUGCUCGGCAAACGUUACGAUUUCACUGCCUCUCUCACAGCGGCUACACGUAACAGUAAAUCUUCCUUCCUCUCACCACCCCCCUCACCACCUGAAACACCCGACGACGAUGAUGCCAUGUUCAACUACUAUACCCCACCUCCUAUCUACUUUGCUGCUAACAAUGGUCAAAUCAUUUCAUCUGUCAAGAAUAAUACCAAGAAAGAAGAGGUGACAGCCCCUAAAUUACGCAAAUCCAUGAUACCAUCUCCUACCGAACCUAUUCCUAUCUCAUCAUCACCCUCCGUCAAGGCCGCGGCUUCCCUAUCAUCUUCUCCUAUGGCUCCUAUCUCCAUGGAAGGUUGUUACCAAAUGAGUUAUUCUGACUUUGUCAACAAAUAUUGUUUCUACAAUUCUCAUUCAAGUCCUAUUUACAGUACAUUAUCAAGCUCUCCUUCAGCUGUUUAUUCUUAAGAUAAGUUUGCUUUUUUGGUUUAUUUUUUUUUCCCCUUUGUUCCCUUAUCAAAACAUACCAUUUUUCCGUACUUUUGUAUUCUGUAUAUAUUAUAUAUAUAAAAUAUAGUUUUCUUUAAUAUUCCCCUAUUUCCUUUUGCAUGUUUAAUAUCUUUUAUCUUUCUCUUUUUUCAAACCAAAAAAAAAAAAUUACCCUUGCAAAAAAAA